CCUGACGAAUACUGUGUUCCUGCGUUAUCAGCGUCCGCUGUAGAGAGAGAGAGAGAGAGAGAGGGAAAAAGAAAUCCAAGCAUGGGCUUCAAGUGCUUCUUCGGUGCUUUGCUUCUGGUUGCGGGGACGACUAGCGGAGCCUCAGCUUCAACGGCUACGUCCUGCUCCUACGUCACGCUGAACAACAUACUGAACAUCGGCACCUGUGUUGGCACCAGUCUGGAUUCGUGCAGCAAUACAUCAGCAAGUAGCCCAGUAUCCGGACUUGUCAAGCUGCUCAAUUGCACCAUCCAAGGCAUCUUCCAGUAUGGCUCACCACAGGGAACUCUCGAAGCUCUGGUACCUCUGGUUGUGUUAAUCACUAACCGAUUGGGACUGCAAGGCGUCAACCUUCCCAUCCUGACCGGCAUGAAUUUGUGUGGAUCGAUUCCUUGCUCGGAUUUCUUCGUGAAGAACGACACGUGCCUGGGCUCAAUCGACAUUGCGGUGUCUGGUCCUCAAAACAUUAGCAGUUGCACUGGAGACGUCGCUAUGCUGUGCACUGCUGGAUCUCCGACUACCUCAGACCGUCCGACGACAGACCGUCCGACGUGGUUCGGAGCCAAGGAACGCAUGACGGACUGCAACGACAUCACGAAGGCCUACCGCCUGGCUCGGACGACGCUUCCAACUCCCCCCGAGGCUGAGUCGAGCGGAAGCGGUACUACUGAGACAGCUCCAGACUGGUUUGCUACCGAGUCUGAGACUGAUGCAUCGCAUGUACCCCGAGACAUACCCGACCGAUAUGUGUAG